GAUAGCGUAAAUCGGACCUGAAGUCAAGGGACAGUUGCUGUCCAGGAUUUUCGAAUACCCCGAUGAACAAUGGUUCCGACGAUCAACUCAUCAACUUCAAUAUUCCAACAUCGAACCUUCUCUACGAUACCUUCCGGAUGUUCUUAAUAAUCGUUAGAGAGUUUAUGUCAGAGUUUGAUGAGUCGAUGUUACCUAAAGGUAAAGGAACUUCUCAAGUUGUUAAAGAUGGUGUUGGCGUUAUUCGUGGAGGAAGGAAGGAUCAACUCUGUUCGAAACCACUGGCGACUGCUUUUCUUCUCCGAUCAUCUCAGCCCCAACUUGCCAGAAGCAUACAUCACUCUCGCCUAAAUUCUCAGGCACACGACUCUUUUCGUUCCAUUUCUUAUUUUUCACACCCCCACUUCUCUCCUCCCCAAACCCAUACGCCGUUCCGUUGUUUUUCUUCUCCUAACCUCGCCGCCGAUCGCACAGACCUGCCGGAUCAGAUCUCUAUUUUGUCUGAUAUUUUCUCUAAACCGGACAAAAGCAGUGUGGAUAUCCGGCUUGAAUUGGAGUCCACCGAUGUUGCAAUAACUCACGAUUUGGUGCUUAGGGCUUCGGAGAAUCAGGGAUUUGCCCCUGAAUCUGCUCUCAGGUUGUUUGAUUGGGUUGUAGAGAACGAGAGUGAGAGAUUGAGUUCUAAGUCAUAUAAUCUGUUGCUAGAGAUACUGCUUGAAAAUGGCAGUGUGAAUGAGUUCUGGGAAACGGUUGAUGCUAUUAAGAAGAAAGGGUAGGGAGUGUCUAAGGGUGUGUUUGAUAUGGCUUUGGUAUAAUUUGAGAAGGAAGGGCUAACCGGCGAUGUUCAGAAGCUGAGCCAGUUGAAUGCUCUUCGAUCGACAGAUAAUUCCGUCGAGGAGGUUAGUACAAGGGUAUGUAAGAUCAUACGCGGAAAUAUCGUUUGGGAUGAAUAUGUGGAAAAACAGCUUCAGGGUUUCAACUAUACUAGUGAUUCGGUUUCCAUGGUAUUGGUGAGUCUUGAACAUGAAAUCAAUAAAGGUGUGAUCUUUUUCAGGUGGAUCAAAGAGUGUGGUUUGUUUAAACAUGAUGGUUGUACAUAUAAUGCGAUGGCGCGAGAAUUUUAGGUAAGAGGGGCUCAAUAGAGAUGUUUCGGAAGGUUAUGGGUGAAAUGCGAGAUGCCGGGUAUGGAUUUGAAACCUCAACAUACUGUGAAGUCUUUAAACACUUUGCUACUAAGAAAAUGAUCAAAGAAGCUGUUGAGCUCUAUGCGCAUGCAAUGGAAGGUGCAAAGUAACCAUCUCAGCGGGAUUACAUUUUUCUUUUGAAGAAAAUAUUUGUUGGCAAGGAUCUUGAUAUGGAUUUGUUCUCAAAAAGUUUGAGGGUUUGUGAAAAAAGCGAGAAAUUGUUGGCAAGAUCCCCUCUUGACCUCUGAAGUCAUUGUCCAGAACUGGUAGAUGGGGAGAAUGCAGUGAAAUACUGAAAGCAUUGAAAAGCUAUGGCAUUACACCUGGCCACUCCCAGCAGAGUAAGAUUUCGUAUUAUCUCAGUUUGUAUGUAAAGAAUGGCGAGGUAGAUGAGUAAGUGACUGAUAUCGAUUCAUCAGGUUCCGGUUCGAGUUAUAAAGCGUAGGCAUCUUU